AUAGGAGCAGCUACAAAGUUCUUCUACAUGCGUUUCCUCUUUCUUCUCUCCUGAACCGAUUCCUGCUUUACCAAUCAUUUUCCUUUGGAAAAAAAAUCAAACUUCUUUUUUUUUUUUGUUAACUGUCUGACAGAGAACUGAAGGGAGGGAGAGAGGAGAGAGGCAAGCAAAAGCAGAUGAGAAGGAAAGAGGAAGAGACAACUUAUUAAAUACAGUGGAGUCCUUUCAGCCAAAGAGAGAGAAGAGAGCAAGCAAGCAACCGCACUAUUGCUUAAUGUGUCUGUUUUAAGUUUGGUGAGCAUAGUGGGAGAUGCAAGGAAUGGAUAUUGAAGAUAAGUCAUCCAAAAUGCAUUGCAUGAAAGGCAAGCACGUGGCCAUCAUUUGUGGAGUGGUAAUUGCGGUGGGUUUAAUUUUGGGACUCGGAUUAGGUUUAGGAUUAAAACCUGAGGCCUGCAAUCCUCCAGAAGACAAUGGGCAAGUGUCAACAAAACCACCCACAUCCAGUACUCCAGAUGUCACAAAUCCUUCAGGGAGCAGUGUGUUUUGCAGUGCCAAAAAUGAUGAAAAUGGAGGCUGGACAACUUUCAGGCUGCCCAACUAUGUUCACCCUGUUCAUUACGACUUAGACUUGACUCCUGAGAUGGAAGCCGAGGUAUACACCGGAAUGGUAAAUAUCUCCAUCAGGUUGGAAGAACAGACAACCAAGCAUUUGUGGCUUCACCUGAGAGAAACAAAGAUCACGGAAAUGCCUCAGCUCAGGACAUCCUUGGGCCAGGUCAUUGAGAUAAAGCGUUGCUUUGGAUAUGAACCACAAGAAUAUGUGGUGAUAGAGGCAGAAGAAGACCUACGUCCUGGCAACUAUUUCCUGAGUAUGAAGUUCAAAGGCUAUUUGAAUGGUUCCCUGGUUGGAUUUUAUAGCACAACUUAUGGAGAGAAUGGAAAGACCAAAUACAUAGCAGCAACUGAUCAUGAGCCAACUGAUGCACGAAAAUCAUUUCCUUGUUUUGAUGAACCUAACAAAAAAGCAACAUAUACGAUAUCUAUUACUCAUGAACAUGACUAUGAAGCCAUAUCAAACAUGCCAGUGGAGAAAACAAUUUCAUUAGAUAACAAAUGGACAAAGACAAUAUUCAAGAAAUCUGUCCCAAUGAGUACUUACUUGGUAGCCUGGGCUGUGCACCAGUUUAAAUAUGAAGAAAGAAUUUCAUCUCGUGGAAUUCCACUACGCGUUUAUGCCCAACCGCAGCAGAUAAACACAGCCAUCUAUGCAGCAAAUGUAACCAAGGUUGUAUUUGAUUACUUUGAAAACUAUUUCAACAUGAACUAUUCUCUUCCAAAACUGGACAAAAUAGCAAUUCCAGAUUUUGGCACUGGGGCCAUGGAGAAUUGGGGACUGAUCACUUAUAGAGAAACUAAUCUCCUUUAUGAUUCAGGAGAAUCUGCUGCUUCAAACAAACAAAGAGUGGCAGCUGUGGUUGCCCAUGAACUUGUUCAUCAGUGGUUUGGAAAUAUUGUGACCAUGGAUUGGUGGGAUGACUUAUGGCUAAAUGAAGGAUUUGCCAGUUUCUUUGAGUUUAUGGGUGUAAAUGCUACAGAAGAAAAAUGGCAAAUGCUGGAUCAAAUUUUAAUUGAUGACCUACUGCCAGUGCUGAAGGAUGAUUCUUUGGUUUCAUCUCACCCAAUUACGGCGAAUGUGUCUUCUCCUGAUGAAAUAACAUCUGUAUUUGAUGGCAUAUCCUACAGCAAAGGAGCGUCAAUUCUCAGAAUGCUUGAAGACUGGAUCUCACCAGAUCACUUCAGAGCUGGAUGUCAGAAAUACCUAAUAGACCAUUAUUUUAAAAAUGCAAAAACAGAUGAUUUCUGGAUAGCAAUGGAAGAGGUAAGUGGGAAGCCUGUCAGAGAAGUGAUGGACACAUGGACCAGGCAGAUGGGUUAUCCUGUGCUGAAAGUUGCUUUAAACUCAACAGUCACACAGCAACGUUUUCUAUUGGAUCCCAAAGCAGAUCCCUCCAAGCCAUCUUCUCAAUUUAGUUACAAGUGGAAUAUUCCAGUGAAAUGGAAAGAGGGGAAUACAUCAAAUAUAAUAGUCUACAAUAAAUCAGAAUUAGCAGGAAUUACUAUUACGCGACCCAGUGGUCUUCCUCCCGAUUCUUUCUUGAAAGUAAACAAAGAUCAUGUUGGUUUUUAUCGUGUAAAUUAUGAACCCCAAGUCUGGCGUACUUUAGCUAAUAUUAUGAUGAAAGACCAUCAGAAUUUUAAUCUAGCUGAUCGUGCUGGUUUUAUAGAUGAUGCUUUUGCACUGGCCAGAGCUGGACUUCUGACGUAUGCUGAUGCAUUAAACCUUACAAGAUAUCUGCAAAACGAGACAGAAUAUAUUCCGUGGCAAAGAGCUGUAGUAGCUGUAUCCUAUAUUGGACAGAUGGUUGAAGAUGAUAAGGCACUCUAUCCCAAAUUUCAGAGAUAUUUUGGUAGCCUGGUCAAGCCCAUUGCAAGUGAACUGAAAUGGGAGAAUGAUGAGGACCAUAUCAAAAGUCUCCUUCGUACAACUGUUUUGGAAUUUGCAUGCAAUAUGGACGACCCAGAAGCUUUGGGGAAUGCCUCUUUGUUGUUUAAGAAUUGGACAAGUGGAAUAAGUCUAGAUGUAAAUCUUCGUCUCCUGGUGUACCGUUUUGGGAUGCAGAACUCAGGUGAUGAGAAAGCCUGGAAUUAUAUGUUUGAGAAAUACAUUACUGCAACAUUAGCUCAAGAAAAGGAGAAGCUACUCUACGGCCUGGCAUCAGUGAAAAACAUAACUCUGCUGAACAGAUUCCUAAAUUGCAUCAAAAAUACAACUCUCAUAAGAAGUCAAGAUGUGUUCACUGUCUUGAGAUACAUCUCCUUUAAUAGCUAUGGCAAAACAAUGGCUUGGGACUGGGUACGCCUCAACUGGGAGUAUUUGGUCAAAAGAUACACUCUUAAUGAUAGAAACCUUGGACGCCUAAUAUCAAGAAUAUCAGGAACAUUUAACACAGAGCUCCAGCUUUGGCAGAUGGAAAAUUUCUUUGAGAGAUAUCCUGAUGCUGGAGCAGGGGAAGCCUCAAGAAAGCAAGCUUUGGAAACUACAAAGAGCAACAUCGAAUGGCUAAAACAAUACCGAAAUGAUGUAGCAACCUGGCUUGAAAAUUCAGAGCAGCCAAACUUUGUAUAACUGAGUCUCAGUCCUCAUGAAAAUUCUUAGGAUUCUUUUUUUAAAUCUUACCAACAUGGUAAUUUGCAAAAUACUACAUUUAGAUUUUGACAGAUAUGUCAACUUUGAAAUACCUUAAUUUAUUGAAAUAUAUAUUGAAACUAGCCAGCCAGUCAUUCUUAAAUGUUCCUAUAAAUGUUUCUAAUAUCUUAGAACAUUUUUUCUCAUUUUAAUUGGACAAAAUGUAAAAUUAUCAUUUGCAUAAACAUAGGAUCUCGUUACCUUUAUGAGCAUUACUGAUGUUUGUACUUAACCACAUAUUCGCCACUCUGAAAAUGAAUCUUUUAUACAAAAAUAUUUAUUAUUCCAUGUGUUCAGGAGGCCCUUCCAAAUAAAACUUCAUAGAAUCCAUUCCAAAGAGAGGGCUUUGCCUCUAUUCAGAAUAUAUAUAUAUAUUCUCCUAAGAAAAAAGCACUAACCCAAUUUUGGUGGGGGGGAGGGGAAAUCACAAAUUUUUGAGAGACAAGAGAGAUAAACAGACAGACAGACAGAUUAAAGUUAUUAUUCUAAAGUGACUUUGAGAAACCUAUAGCUUUGAUAAAGACUACAUCUAUGGCGAUUGAUGGACGUGCCAUCUGGCCUUAUGUUAUAGCAUCAGCACUUUUUUUUUAAAUGUCCAGCUCUCACAUCCAUGUAUCAUAUAAUCUUAUAUGCAAACACUAAGAUCUCUCACACAUUUAGGCAAUCUUGAAAAUUUUCAGCCAUUUGAGAUUGGAUUUUAACAAUGAAAAAGGCUAUGAUACCAUUUUAUAAACAAAUAAAUUAACCUUUCUGAAAUGGGCACUUUAUAUCUUAACUGAGCACUGUGAGAAAAACAUUUAGAAAUUAAUUACUCCAAAAUCAAGGCACAUGUCUGACACCAAACAAUCAUUCAAUAGAGCAAAUUAAGACCUUGAAAUAUCUGGAUAUUGUUUUCCAUGGGACAGGCAACCAUAAAUUCCACGCCAGCUUUAAGUCCCAUUGUGUCAGCUUAAGUCCACAAAAAAAGCAUCAACUUCACAAUCUUUCCACUUCUCCAAAGGAGUUCAAAUGUACCUGCAGGAAACAGAACAAUGUUUUCUCACCUAAGAUCUGAGCCCAGCUCCUCUCUGGAGUUCAGUGGGACGCCUACAGGUUAUUUCUUUCUCUUGAAAGAGUUCAAUUCAAACUUCUGAAAUCUAUUUUUCAAGCACCUUGCUUCUUUCCAAAUGGGGUAUUUUGCUGUGAAGCUGGCCUACUUAAAGUAGAAAACUUUCAGCUCAAACCUACUUUUUUCCCCUGCUGACUUGGCCCCUUUAAUCAUGACUCUCACUCUUUCUGGCAAUACUUACUCAAUUGCAACCCUAUGGCAUUACAUGGGCAGCUCUCACCCUGAAAGACUGUGCAUUAGCUGAUCUUAAUGGGCUAUUACAGUUGCAAUCAGAUUCAUCAGUUCCACGCAGAAAAAACAUUUUAGAGUUAUUCUGUAUAUUUGUUCUGACCAACCAGACACCUAAGCUUCAUAAUGGUUCCAAAAUUUAGAAAGGCUUAUCCUUGACUAAAUUUAACACCUCCCUCUAAGAGCGAUUACUAAAGGAAGAUUCAAAACAUCCCUUUGUGUCCCUGAGGUGGAGGAAUAGUUGAGGCAAUGGAACAUAUUAUUUUAUAUUGUUCCCUCUAUGCAGGAAUUAUCUCCAUUCCUCACUAAACAACCUGGUUGUUCUACCACUCUUAAGAGGUUACUCUCUGAUCAAUCUUAUUUUACUUCACAGACCACAGCCAAGAAUUGAUCUGUAGUUUGUGCAGGACCCUGUAGUAUCUCCUCCAAAUUUUUAAAAAAUAUUUUAGAAUGUUACGUCUUCCUUUUUUACUUUAAUUAAUUAUGAUUUUUUUAUUUGUUGGUCUAUGACUGAAUAAAUAUCAAUUGAUAAUAAAGAUUGAUUGAUAAUUUAA